AUGUCCCUUUUGCGCGAAGCUGAGAAAUGCGUCGCUAACCAAUAUGCAUACGGGAUCAAUGCAUUUAUAACGCCACUCUCACGCGCGGGGCCAUGGCUGGACCGCGUGAAGGAAGCCGAUGCGCGCAAGGAAUCAGGCAAGCCCAAAUCCGCCGUCGAUGGCCGCUUAAUAUCCAUAAAGGACAAUAUCUGCACACGCGACAUGCCAACAACAUGUGCUUCGGGGAUCCUGGAUAAAUUCAAGAGCCCGUUCAAUGCUACCGUCGUUGACGAAUUGGAGAAUGCCGGUGCGAUUGUUGCUGGAAAGACCAAUCUGGAUGAGUUUGGGAUGGGAUCUAAUUCGAUCAACUCUCAUUUUGGGGCUGUUCAGAACCCGCGUCGUGAUGGGAGUGGGGAGGACCUCUCUGCUGGUGGCAGCUCUGGUGGAAGUGCUGCCUCGGUUGCUGCCGAUCAAUGCUAUGCCUCGCUGGGUACAGACACCGGAGGCUCGGUCAGACUUCCAGCUGCGUACACUGGAACAGUGGGCUUCAAGCCGUCAUACGGCAUGAUCUCACGAUGGGGUGUAGUAGCGUAUGCCAAUUCCCUCGAUACAGUGGGUAUCCUGAGCAAGACCACCGCUAGUACCAUGGACCUCCUCAACAAGCACGACCAGCGCGACCCAACCAACCUAUCCAUUCAAUCCCGCUCACGCAUAAAUGCAUACCACCAAACUCCACGCUUCGCCUCCAGACUGACAUCAGCACCCCUCCGAAUCGGCGUCCCAAUCGAAUACAACGUCUCGGAACUGACACCCUCUGUCCGACGCGCAUGGAUCCUAUCUCUCGCCCACCUCCAGAAACAAGGCCACACAAUCCACCCGGUUUCCCUGCCCGCCACAAGACACGCCCUCUCAGCAUACUACAUCCUAGCACCAGGCGAAGCAUCUUCAAACCUAGCCAAAUACGACGGAGUCCGCUACGGCACUCGCGCCGCAGGCCCAGAUGGCGACGGCAAGCCAGAUGGAUAUCUCUAUGCCAACACGCGCGGCGAGGGCUUUGGAGCAGAAGUCAAGAGACGAAUCGUGCUCGGCACGUUUUCUCUCAGUGCCGAUGAAAUCGAUAACUAUUUCAUUAAAGCUCAGCGCGUUCGGCGUCUUGUUCAACAUGAUUUUGAUUCUGUCUUUGCGGCUAAACACCCGCUUCAUGUCACUGCUUCUCAGCAUGCGCAGAAUGAUUCCGUGACGCAUCCUGAUGUUGAUGUUUUGCUUUGUCCUACUGCGCCCUCUUCCCCGCCGCGUUUGUCUGAUUUGACGGAUCCGAAGAAGAAGUCUUCUCUUGAUGCCUAUGUCACGGAUGUGUUUACUGUUCCGGCUAGUUUGGCUGGGCUACCUGCUGUCUCGGUGCCUGUUACUGUUGCUGGGCAGGGUGAUGAGGCGGAGUUGGCGGGUAUUCAGGUUGUUGGUCAGUAUGGAGAUGAUGAGUUGGUUAUGAACGUUGGAGAGAUGUUGGAAGGGAGGACUUUGGAGGAGGCUGCGUGA